GAGGCUUUAACAGCGUGCGGACUCCAUUGAGAAGGGACCCGUAUUAUCUCCAACACGGGCGUCUAAAGAGGGCCAGUUUGAGGCCAGACGUAUGCGUGGGUGCCUUAAAAACCUGAAGCAUACAGAGAGCUGCAUCAGACCCCGACAGACCAGUCCGGACCAAGUUGGGUCCAGUUAUUCACCCCUCCCAUCCCCCCCCCCACCCCCCCCCUCCCUCCAGCACUGCCGGCUGCACCACCGGCACCCUGCGAUCGUCUCCCUCAGCAGUGAUUGGUUGUGCUGAUCGGACAACUUCACACCCCUGGGACUGGACAGGAGACCCGGAGGUUCCCAACACUGGAGCUCUAAGCUGUGCCUGGCAAUGCCUCAGCCCAGUGUCAGUGGGAUGGAGCCGCCCUUUGGGGACGCGUUUCAGAACUACUCGUUUGCUGACCAGGCCCUGACCAGUACUGAGCUGCUGGGCACCAGCUCUGAUCCAGAUUUCAUGUAUGAACUGGACAGAGACAUGACCCACAGGCAGAGUCCCUGUGGGGACAGCGUUCUGGGGGUUGCAGACGGAGGCAAGGACGUGGAGGGAGGUGUGGACCAGUUCAUGGGUCUGGGAGAGUGUGAGACGGUCUGCAGCAGCUCAGCCUUCGAACAGUGGGACUCCUACUGGGAAGACCUCACCAGAUACACACGGCUGGCCAGCUGUGACAUCUGGGGAACCAAAGAGGUGGACUUUCUGGGAUUGGAUGACUUCUCCAGUCCCUACCAGGAUGAGGAAGUUAUUAGCCGAACCCCGACGCUGGCCCAGCUUAACAGUGAGGAUUCACUCCCCGUCUGUGAGGCGCUUUACCCUCCCGUUGACCUGAGCCUGCCGGCCCCCCAGGCGCAGCCUCCGCUGCCCCAGCUCCCCUCUCACAGCAAGAGACUCCUCGUCCCCGGCCAAGGAUCGGGCCCCAGCUCUGUACGGCCUUCCCCAAGUUCCACGUCCUCCUCCCGUCCUUCCCGCAGCCUUCCCCCAGAUUUUCCUGAGGGCACACAAAAAGCAACCAGACCUGUUCCCUCCAGCACUGAGACGAUGGCCAAGGCCCAGCACCAGCUCAGCCUCACGCAGGACCUGAGCCAGACGCACAUCAAGCCUGCGGGGCGAGCAGUUAAGAUGGCUGCGCCAACUUCUCACGGCUCUGACUUUGUGCGGAAAGCUAAAGUACGGGUGAGUUCUGUGCACAAAGCUCAAGCUGACAUGCCUUCCCAAACAGACUUUGAGAGGUCAGAGCCUCCUCUGCCUCUCUCCCUGCCUCAAGAUGCCAUGGCAUCCACUUCUUCAACUGCUGCCUUGGUGGGACUCCCUCCUGCUCCAUCCAGCGGCUCCAGCAGCCUGUUGAGCUUCGAGAAGAAGGCCGAGGGGAUAGUGAGGAGAGAAAUGCCCGUGGGCUGCUCUGCUUCUGUGCCUCAGAUGGUGGAGGCCAGCCAGGCCAUGGAGGGCAGCACCUCUGGGCUUUUUUGCACAAAGAGUGUGGCAGGAGCCAGUGGUGGAGGCAACAUCCUGGUGGUGGAGGACUCCGAGCAGGUCAAGGAGGAGGAGCACAACUACUCUUUGUUCCUGGCCCGCAGCGGCCUUGGAAACAGAGCCCUCUCCCAGCUGGAGGAGGACGAGGAUGAGGAGGACGAGGACGAGGCAGAGGAGGACGAGGGCGACGGGCUGGAGUUAGACGAUGAGGACCACGAUGAGGGUUUUGGCAGUGAACAUGAGCUGUCUGAGAAUGAGGAAGAGGAGGAAGAAGAGGAGGAUGAAGACUACGAAGCUGACAAGGAUGAUGAUAUGAGUGACGCAUUCUCUGAGCCAGGCUGUGACAUUGAGCUGAUGGAAGACAUUAAAGGCCUGACAGCUGGAGUCCCCAGCCGCAAGAGAGGCAAGCGCCGCUACUUCUGGGAGUACAGCGAGCAGCUCACCCCCUCCAAACAGGAACGCUUGCUAAAGCCAUCUGAGUGGGACAGACACACGCUGCCUAGCAACCUGUACCAGAAGAACGGGCCUCUCCAUGGAAAAUACAUGCUGAAGAAAUCUCGGCGCACUGACGUGGAAGACCUGACUCCCAACCCCCGGAAGCUGUUGCAGAUCGGCACAGAGCUGCGCAAACUGAAUAAGGUGAUCAGUGACCUGACGCCGGUCAGUGAGCUGCCUCUGACUGCACGGCCGCGCUCCCGCAAGGAGAAGAACAAGCUGGCAUCACGGGCUUGCCGUUUAAAAAAGAAGGCCCAGUAUGAAGCAAACAAGGUGAAGCUUUGGGGACUCAGCACAGAGUACGACCGGCUGCUGUUUGUGAUCAAUGCCAUCAAGGAGGAAAUAAUGGCGCGAGUGGAGGACUCUUCUCCACGUCCAACCAACAUGACUGACACUCUGGAGCAGCUCAUCCAGGAGACACUCGUGCCAUCACCUGUUGCCGGGCAGACUUCAGAAUUUGUUAACAAGAUCCUGGAGAACACAGGACGUGGCGAUCCCACAGGCGGACUGGUCGGUCUGCGAGUUCCCACCUCCAAAAUCUAAACAACCCGCCGUCCACUGAGAGGAGUGGACUAUAUAUUCCUACCGUGCUAUAUCAUUGUAACUAUGCUCCCUCUGCAUGCCCCUCCAGUCCAGAUUGCAUAGACAUUGUUAGUCACACAAACACACAUACCAAACCCUGUGUGUAUGUAUGUGUGCUUGUUUUUUGCCAUGCACUUGCAUGGCGUGCACCCUAGCUUUCUGUUUUUGCACACAGCGUGCAGAGUCAGUACAUCACUGUCUCCCAACACAUUGUGACCGCCUGUUGGGAGAAGCACAUCUAAACGCAAGCGAUGGUUAGGUGUACAGCUAAUAGCGGAUUAUUUAACCCACUGGUGAUUAUUAGAUGUGUUUAACACAGCAUUGUGUGGGGUUGACCCUGUUGGAGGACUGAGACAGUCACAUGAGUGUAACCACUGGAAUACUUCCACAUACAUUACUUGAGGUGAUAAAGAUGACAGAGGAAGACUUGUUACAUGCCAGAGACACCUUAAAAGGUUGAAGAAGUUCCAGUUAUCAUUUUUUAGGAGGAGGUUCAUCCUACAUGGCGACAAAACAAAACGAAAAACAAACAAAAAAAAACUUUCAGGAUGGUAAAUGACCCAUUCACUAAAGCACUUUGACAAAAAUGACUCAUCAGGGUGGCAAGAAAUAUUUUAUACUGAAGGCUUGAAUAUGUUCAUGCUAUCCCCUGUUUGCCAAUCAGCUUUGCGGAUGUACAAAUAGUUUUAGGAAAUGAAUGCUUGACACACACGAAAAAGCAGAAGAAGCUGGAGGUAAUCACUUUAGAAUUAAGCCACAGACAUCCUGCUGGUUUGAAGUUUGUGGCUGGCAGGAGAAAGCUCAUGGCUAACGAUGGUGAUUUUCAACAGCAGGAAGUGGUUGACCUUGUCCAGAGGAAGCGCAUGUAGCAUGGUGCCUUUGUGCUGGUUGUAACUGGAGUGGGUCUAAACGGAUAUAUAUUUUUUUGCCUCUAUGAGAAAAGACAGACUGUGUGGAAGAUGAAGAUGAUAGUGGUGACAAGGACGACGUAAGAUGGGGUUCGUCUUCUCCAGGAAACUGUAUAUUAAAGUGUCUCCCGGGCACCGGCUCCCCUUUUUUGUACAGUAGAGUUGACCAAGCAGUUUGUGACAACAGUUUGGUGUGUUCAUACUAGUGUCUGAUCAGAGUUCUAUUCAUUGUGCCUUGUGUAUGUAUGUGUGUGUCUCUGUGAGUCUGAGUGAAUGGGUGUGUGUGGGUGAGUGUGUGUGAGUGAGAGAGAACUUGGCAAGAAGAGGUGACUGGUUGGAUCUCGCUAAGGUCCAUCUUCGGAGACUAGAGAGUGAGAGGAGGGACGCACUUGUGGUGUUAGGUGUGUAUUUCAGUUGUUUAAAGAUAUUCUGAAUGUACAUAAACAAAUGGAAGCUCUUGUGUGAUGCCACAGAGUCUGUAUAUAUAGGAGGGCUCUGCAAUAGGUUACUUUUGGUUUUUGGUACUUUAUCUUUGGGGGUGGGCGAGGGUUGACUGAUGUUUUUGUUUAGAGUUACAAAAAAAGAAAAAAAUAUUUGCACACUAUAUUUUGAUUGUUUUUUGUACCAAAGAAACAUGCAACGAAAUGGCGACCAGCCAGUUAAAGUAAGGUUUUGCACAGCUUACCUGACGCCGUAUUGAAUGUAAGAAAUGUGGGAGGGUCAGGGAACUUCGUAGAACUGUGAAUAUAGCUUGGGUCCAAUUCUGUACAGAAAAGGAACAUUCAUUUGUGUGUUUGAAAACUAAAAUUUAAACCUGUCUCUGGCUUCUCCGGUAGAUUCGUUGCUUUGGAAGCACUUCAUUCCUGAUUUGAUUCCUCCCUCCACAUGCUAAGUGUGUUAAUAGCGCCGGCUAGGACAAAAACUGAAAGCGCUAGUAGAUAAGCUAUGUUACAUUUUUGCUUGUUUGUAUAAUGUUGCCACCAAUAAGCAAAAUAUUCCUCUAUCACUUGUAUAAUUUCUAUAUAUGUAGGCAAGGUUGUUUUUUUUUCACGAGCAGAAUAUUGCCUGAAUUAUAUUUUAAAGUACUGUAUAUAGUAACAUUACUAAUAUAUCCAUCAAUGGUGAAAUGCCACUUUCAUGACAAUGAUUCAUUUGUAAGCAUGACACAUUUCUGAAACCUCUCCUUGCAUCUAGAAAGUUGGAGGGGGAAAAUCAAAUACCUAACAAAAAAAACAAAGGAAAGGUUGUCAUAUAUUUUUGUAUUCUGGCUGCUUGCUAGUUUUUCUAUUGAUUUCGAGGUAUUCCUUGUUCUUAGGAGCUGUGGAGGAAAAGAGAAUAACUUUUUUUUAAAUUCCCAUCUGCUUUACUUCGCUUUCUGAGUGAAAUACAGAAAAAAACCAAGGCUGGAUUCCUUUUAAAACCGCACCGUAGCUUCAAAUAAGCCACGUUGUGUUUUAUAAAACAAACAAAUAAGAUCCAGUGGUGGUGAGAGUAGAGGACGGUGGAGAUGUUCCAGAUGCUUUAAGAAAGCCAAAGCCAUUUCAGUCAGUUACACGUAAAUCUGGAUUCAGAAGCUGAAGAACCUGGAGCCUACAUGGCUAGUGUUCCCAGGGGUCAACAUUUCAACAAUUCAUUUGUUUAGAAAGAAAAUAUAACCAAUGACAUUGCUUAUAUAAAACAACCGGUAAUAUUACUGGUUAUAUAUGAUAUUGGCUAUAUUUUGAUGUUACUGAAUUCAGGAUAGUUUGAAGUAAGAAAAAGUUGUCCUUCACAGCUUCAUGAUGGUGAAACUGUGUCCUAAUUGUGUAACUGAGUAAUGGCUAGUGAUACAUGCACACAUUUUAUAUAUAAAAUGUGUGCGUUUUUUCUGUUCUGUCUAAAAAGGGAGAAAUGGUGCUUUUUCUGAACCAGAAUGCUGAGUAUCCACGAUUCUUUGACUAGUUGUAGCCUAAUGACUCGCUCUCCUGCUACCGUCCAUAGCUAUUUUUUUAGUAGUGGUUCAACUUUGUAAAUAAACUAUAAGUUAAUAUGUAUCUUCUAAGUGUUAGAUAUAUGUAUAGAUUACUUUACCUUAUAUGUUUGAAAAACAAAAGCACUUUGUCAAAAAAAAUGAGAAAAAAAAUCAAUCAAAAAAAAAAGAAGCAUUUUUUUUUUCCUUCCAUUUGCUGCUAAAUGGCCUGGUGUGAAUGCUGCAAGUGUACUUGAUGACUACUUGCUCGGCUAAGGCUAUCACCUGACAUGGAUAGGUCUGUGAACUAGCGAGUAAUGAGUGUUUGUGUGGCCGGAUGAGGGUUACAUCUUCACAUUUUUUGGAGCAAUGAAAUGGUAUGAUGUAUUUUCUGAGGGCGUUGCAUUACUAAGCUUUGAAAAAGGCCUGUGUCUUGGCAGGAUUUAUAUAUUUCCUGGUCAGGGUUAGUGUGGUGGUAUGUUUGUGGUUUUAAACAAACAAACAAACAAAAAAAGAUUUAAAAAAAAAAGAGGGUUUUGAUUCCAGGGCCCCUACGUUGAUCUUGAUGCCGACCCCCCUUGGCGUCACGAUUCAUUUGCCUUCAGUAGAGGUUUCCUAUGGAAAAACUGAUUCUGCUUUGGCUUCCUCUUCAGGGUGAUGUACAGUGUAGACACAUUUCUUCAGAGAGUUAUAUUGUUAUCAUUUGUAAACUGAUUUCUACUUGUGACUUAUUGAGGAGGGGUUUAGCCUGGGGCGGCCAGGAACAACGCACUUGAAAGCCGUUGCUCCGGCCGCCUUGGGGGGCGUUACUAUAUCACUGUACUGUAUGGCAAACCAAUUACAAAUGGAAACUUAAUCCGGACACUUAUUGCCUUCUGAAAUAACUCUUCACUUUCACACAAACAGAAAUAACAAUGCGGCAGACGUGUUUGUAGCUAAGGGGCACACCUGAGGUUGUCUGACACUGCUCUGCCCGUACGGUAAACCACAACCAGACCAUUCAGCCUGAUCGGCUCAAAACAACCUUGACUGAAGCAGCAGACCGACGUGGCCAAACGUAUCUGAAAAAUGGCUCCAAAAGUCCACCCUACUUGAUGUGCCGUUUGCUAGCGUGUGGAAAGCGGUUUUUCAGCCACGGUUUGGCCCCAGGUCUGGUAGGGGGUCAACAGUGGUUAAAGGGCUGCUGGUUGACGGCCGGAUGACGAGAACAGAGUGUGUUUUGUUGUCUAUCACAAGGCUGGUUCCAGAAAGUUUCCUCACAGGUUUUUACAUUUAACAUGAUAGGCGCAAGCUGUGCAACUUUACAUUCAAGCCAGGAGACUCUGUGGCAUUUUAACAGUCAAGGAAAUGAGUGAAAAUCCACGCCAGUAAAACUAUUCCUUCUUCUUUUUAUUUCUGAAGAUGUAAAUCCUACACAGUCAAAUAUUAAGCUAGAGUGUGUAACUUUGUGCUACUCUUGUCCAAUAAAAGCUACAUGGAUCCAUAAAGCUCUUCUUCAGCAAAUCAGGGUAAUAUUGUUCUUCUAUCUGACAUAUAUGUGAUGACAUAUAAAAAUCAAAGGAAAGUAUAUUUAUGUAUUCCAAUUAUUGUCACCAUUCUUUACUCUGUACAAAAUAUUGUCUAUGUAUGUAUGUUAUGACUUAUCAAUGUCAAUCACUAUGGUGCAAUGCUCUAAAGAUAAAGUAAAAACAAUGGCCAAGAGACUGAAACAAGAAUUCAUAAAAACCACAAAAGAAACAAAAAGAAAAAAAAUAUUGCAACAUCUUCCUCUAAUGAAGGAUUUGACACUGAUGUCUGGCUGUGAUCCAACUGGGGUUUGUGACAUGGUGCUGAUUUAUUUUCAUCAUCCAAGAAGUAGAACCCCCCCCCCAACCCCGUCCCCUUGUAACUUUCAUUCGUUUGGAUUGUCUGCUAAUGCCAUGACUUUACUGUUGGACCAAUCAGAGGAGGAAUCACGUGGAUUCUUGCUCUCAACAGAAUGGGGAUUUCUGUUUCAUUGACAUGUUUAAGUGCUGUUUCUAAAAGCAUGGCAUUACUACGUUUGUAAAAGCCAGACUCCUCGGUUUGACACCACAGACCAAAGUCAUGGAGGGUUUUUUUUUUUAAUUUCUUUUAAACCUUAACGUCCAAACAUCCUCGUAUAUGACCAAGGCUUUUGAUUAAAUUAUUGGAGAACCAUUUCCAGAUAUGGAAUAUGGCAACACUUUAUUUUACAUCCUAAAAAUUCAGAGAUGUCUCCUAUGGUUGGAAACAGUUUUCAGUGAUUUGCUAAAAAGAAUCUAUUCCAGUGUUUGAGGGCAUCAGCCGGGUUACUCACAACAACAAGCAGCCGGUUUUUGCUCCUGCUUUACUCUUGAAUUUCGGAGCUCUGACCCAAAAGUAACCGACGUUAUUUUCAGCAGGUGACUGCAGUGUUUACAGCUUUAGCAGAUUAUAUCAAAUGAUGCUCAUCUCUUCCAGUAACGACUCAAACUGUAGACAGUGGUCGAUGUUUGACUGCAUCUGUAAAACAAGUGUUUCCAAAAUGUUUUCCUUAUUUUUUUUUUAUAAACUCUCUUGUUUGCUGUGCUGUCAGAUCUCGAGAGUCUGGCUUCGCGUUCUUUUUGUACCCCUUCAAGUGUUUCCUGUAUAUUUUUGAUGCCACCAUUGCUUGUGGAAACAUCUCAUCCUUGGAGGCCACGUGCGUCCUACUCUCCGGAUUUUCCCUGAGAUGAGAACGUUAAUAGGGGUUGUGUUUUUGUAUGUCAGCUCCCCACAUAGUGCUGAGAGAAUCAAGUGACUUCUCCAGUCUCUGACAAAUUGGUGAUAUACUUUGGCCAAUUUUCAGACAGGGUCAUCAUCAUUGCAGAGUGAUUGUCUGGCUGCUUUGGAGUUCUCUGUAACCCUCAGUUUUAUGAUUUUUGUACUUGCUGCUAACGAACGAGCACAAAGAGACUUCAGAUUUUGGUUUGAGCAUGUCCAUCACACAUUUGCAGUAUAUUUACACCGCACCUUUUUUCCUACAACAGUCAGAAGACACACAGCAUCACUCACGUUGCACUUGGAUUUUUACACUUGGAAGAAAAGAAAAAAAAAAGCUAUUUUGAGAUAUGAUGCCUGCUGAACCAGGUGCCUUAUUCAAAUAUAUGAGAACACAAAUCUGCACCUUCUGUCAGUCUGGAGGGGGUUUCCCUACAGAAACAGUGGACUAGGUUUCCCAAAACUUAACCUUAAAGUACUAUCGUGAAACUAAAACCUAAAUUUAAACCCAAAUUCACACAUUUUGUAUAAUCGACCUUUAACAGCUGACCAGAACUGUUACCGUCCCAUUAGCAUUAGGAAUAAAAGAGCAUUCCUGACAACUUCUAAUUGAAAUUGACAAUGUUUUCGGAAACCUGGUUCUGCUUUUAACUCUUUCUCUGCCCACUACGCCACGUUCUUGUGUUUUCUGUAUUGGCUGCUGCUGCUAUCACUGCUGGUGUGUUUGUGUAUAGACGAGCAAACUUCCACUGUGUCUGUUUCGGACGGAGUCUUGGCCGUUUUUUGGUUUGUUUUGGGAUUUUUUUGUGUUUUUUUUUCUAACCUGGUCAAUAACAAUGCAUUCUUAUGAGGUUUUGGCGUGGAGCACUGUGUUGCUGCCUCUUGAGACCUUUGUGCAACAGGAAAAACAAAAUAAAAAAAAAUAACUAAGGAUUUUCCAUUUCUUAACUUUCCUAUAAUGAAGUGCCAGACCCUCCUUGAAGUCAGUGUUAGCACUGAGUCGCAGGUUGCGAUUGAAGCAACAAACUGAGCAUGGAGGUAAACGUGGUGCUAAUCUGUCUGUGGUCGGGUGCUACAGUAACAUGGCUGUGUUGAAUUUUAGCCAUAUUAUUCCUUCUGUUGGUGACGCUGGUCAGUCUUACGUUUCUGACUGUUGCACUGCUGUACGCCGACAUAGCGAGGUAUAACUCUGCUGCUGCCGCUUUGCUGAUGAAUGUAGACUAGUCUUCCUCAGCAGGAUCACACAGACAGACCCCAGUGUCUGCUGGAGCUUUCUCCUGCUGUUUGACUGUGUUGGGAAGUCACAGAGGGAGACUUUGCUCAGCAGGAUCCAGAAAGAUCUUGCAUGUUGUAUCUUUACGUGGCCGCUGUCUUGCUUUUAUAUUUAAACUCUUUUUUAUUAAUAAUAUGGUUUGAUAUUUAUGCUCUUAACUCUGUCGAAUGUUACAUGUUAAUUUUUUUCCCGAAGUAAUAUUUUGUCUUUUUUGUUUCUGAUGACAGUGUUCAUAUCAUUUAUUUUAUAUUUUUUUGUGAAGUCCUGUAAUUGAAUAUGUAUGGAAACAAUUAUUGAGCUUCGAUUUAAUUUUAAAGCUUUUCCAUUCAAGCAAAUAUUCAUGAGUCAGAAACUUCUCAUGGAAUUCACAGACAGCAAUCAAAGUCACAAUGACAGUAGAAUUACCUCGUCCACACGUUUCCUUGUGUUGUUACGUACAGCUCUUCUAACAUAAAUAAGUUAAUCAUCUCUUCAUCAUUGGACAUGUGCUUACAAAGACAAUCAUUAAUCAUUUCUGUUCAGUUAGGAAGUAAAUAACCCAUCAAUAAAUUGAACAAACUAUAGGAGUUUGUGAAAAGAAGUAAAAAAAGAAUAACUAUUAACGAAAGAGAAAAUGGUACCCAAGUUUAUAAAACAAAGUCUGAAAUAUUGUAGCAAAAAAUCCAGACACAACAACACUUAAGACGAAGUAAUCAUGAGUUGUUAAAGUGAUAAUACUCCAUCAGGCACCAAUUAAAUGGACAUUUUCCAACAUAUAUUUUAUAGAAAUAGUUUUUAUAUGCCAACCAACAGUGAGCUGAAAGAGGUCAGUUAGCUCAGCUUAGCACAAAUAUGAGAGACAGGAGACAAUCAAGACGUCCAAGGGUUAGAACAUCCACUUCCGCACUUUUAAACUCAGUGGCCAAAACGUCACUAUUCUUGUAAAGUAAGUAACUUGCUACAAAAAUAAAAAUGUUAUUUUCACACUGAUGCUCUAAAGAAAAGGAAAAAAAGCUUCCAUAAACUUCCGUGAAUCUUGCUUUUGAAAAAAAUAAUCAGGGUCCAUUAUAUUAGCUUUGUUCUUUUUUACCUAUUUUAAACUGAGAAAUACUCAUAGCCUUUCUAAUCUGUAUUAUUUUAUUGUGAGUUUGGGGAAUUGCUGUCUGUGAGGUCCAUGAGUUUUGAAACGGUCACAUCAGGGGAGUAAAGCCCCGACCCAGAAUCAUCCACUCACCAAACUGAAGCGUAACGUGAUCUUAACAGAUUUCUUUCCAUCACGUCUCUGGGCUGAAGUUUGGGGACUUCACAGCGUUGGAGCUAAGUUUAGACGUCAGCUCGCUUGUUGUCUUGAGCUUCGGUGGAAAUAUUUGCAUUUAUAGUUCAUAUUAUUUAUACUAUUACAUAUAACCACUGCGCCACAGAUGUUUUGUCCUUUUCUGUUAGUUGUGUUUUUUCUUGUUUUUUUUUAAAGAAAGGCCUUUGGUUCAGAGUUGUCUUGUCAGGGAGCCCCUGGGAUCAGACAGGGGUCAUUUAAAGGCUGGUGGGCAGAGACCCCUCACCUUCCUUUGCAGCGAAUGAAGGGGGGAGGUUUGUUUCCUCUUCUGCAGACUGAUAAUACUAAAACAAACAACAAGAAUCCACCCUUGAUAAUAAAGACAAAACUCCUUUUUCUAUUUCUACUACAUGCCCAACUCUUCAUCCAACACUGCAGUGAUUUACAUCUCCUUCCAGACUUGCCAAAAUGCAUGAAGUAAGAGAUAUUUAACAAAAAUAAGAUGAUAAUCUUAAAGCAUCUGUUCUGUUUCUUUUCCCUCUCUCUCUCAUAAUUUAAUAACAGGCAGUUAGUCAAUUUCUAUAGGUAAUCCAUCUAAGCCCAAACAUGUAGAGGAUGUGGAAGGUUUCGAUCACCCGGAGCUCCACAGCUACAUGCCAUAGUUAUGAUGCUUCUGGUCUUGUAUGGUAACUUAUUUGACUAGAUCAACAGCAUGGGAUCUUUCUGUAGUUAGUCCUGUGUGUGUCCCUCUCCCUAGUCUCAGUAGGAAGGCUGUACUUCAUUGCUAAGUGUUCUAAUAUAAAUCUGGUGAUUCUAAUUUCAUGAAAAAGCAAAACCUGCAGAACGUGUAUCCUGCUGAAACUAACUUGAUCCUCUCUUUAGCAUUGACGUCUAUAUUUGUUGUUCACAUAUAUGCCUGUUCAAAUACAAUAUCUUGACAGUUGUUAUAUUUAUGUUGUGUAAUAAAUGUGCUGGGUUUAUAUUCUUUUGACAAACAUUUUUUUUUUUUUUUUACUUUUGUUGUGGAGGCACAGUUGGUUGCUAAACGCACAGGCAUGGAAAUGUAAGACAUUUUUCUUUUUUUUUUUCUCUUCCUUCCAUGGUUUGUACUGUAACAGCCCAUUUUAUUUCAACCUUCCUACACUUUUUGUCUCCGUCUGCUUGACAUGCAGAUACCUGCCCUGAAUAUCUGUUGUUAUUGUGCCUCUCUUUCUUCUUUCUUUCUGUUUCUUCUUUUCUUUUUUUUAUUACUUAUUUCUCUGUUGUAUCAGCCCGGUGUUGGUACCACAGUUCUGCUUGUAAACAUGUUAGUCUGGUUAUGUUUAUUGAUUUUUAAUAUCAAAAUAAUAAAAUCUUUAGCACCCCAAAACCAUUUGUUCUGGUUUAUUAAAAAUGUUGUAUUUAACCGUUUAUGUCAAACAGGAUAAAACAUUUGAAUUAGUGCGUGCGUGCGUGCGUGCGUGCGUGCGUGCGUGCGUGCGUGCGUGCGUGCGUGCGUGCGUGCGUGCGUGCGUGCGUGCGUGCGUGCGUGCGUGCGUAAUAAUCC